AUGGCUUCCAGGAGGACCGGCUACACGGCAGCUAGCAUGGAUUCGUCUCCGGUCCACAACCGGAAACAAAGUAUUAACAACCCCGACAGGAUCGAGUCCUGCUAUGAUCGCAAAGCCCAGGGCAGCAUGACCGUGACGUCACUCAAAUCCCGUCUGGCUCCGACCAUUCAGACUGCCAUGUCCGCUGCUGUGGACACCCUGCUUGGUGAGGUGGUCCUGGUGCUGAACGAGACCCAGCAGGAGCUGCUGCACAAGGAGCAGGAGAACCAGAGGCUCAAGGUGCGGCUGGAGGUGUCCGAGAGGGAGCUGAAGACUCUGCAGGAGUGUCUGUGCAGUGCCCAGAAGCUCAUAGACCAGCUGCAGGUGACCUACUCAGGACCCCAGGCCAUCAACCAGUCCGUGUUCGCGCCUUCACUGUCCUCCAUGGCUUCAAUGACUGCAGGCCUGGACCAGGAUCACCAGAACCCCAGGAGUGUGAACAGAGCUGGGGUGGACUUGGGUCUCGGUGGCUCCGUGGAGGACUCUAUUCAUGGGUUUGAACCACGAGAAGAUUACAAAAUGUGCCAGCUUUCGAUCCAGCCGGAUGGUUCUGUAACCAACCACGCUCUGGACUCGUUUGGAUCCAACACGUCUCAUAUGUGCUCAGAUUCCAGCAGACCAGAUGACAGGCAGCCUCAGGGACCAGGGGGAGCUCCCAGAUUUGAGAUUAAGGAGGAGCAGGGACUAGUUUCUGGCUCUGCUCAGCCCAGCAGGAAGGACCCAGGCUUGCAUACCGACAGUCAAGACGGAGAAGGAUCAUCUCUCACUGUUGGGGACAUCGGUUAUGGUCAAGUUGGAGAUGAAGGCGGCUCCCAGCGCUCUUUCACUCACUCCCUGCGACACCAGAGACCGGUGCGUGAAUGUAGCGGUGCCUUGCAGCAAGGUGGACUCGACGGACAGAAACCUUUGCUCAGGUCUUCAGGAGCGGGCAGGGGAGAAGGUGUUUCACCAGGCAGAGCAGAGGACUCUGCGGGGCCUUCUGCUCCUGACCUGGCAGGGGAGUCCUCCGCAGAUCGCCCCCACCACUGCCUGGAGUGCGGAAAGACCUUCCGUCUGAUCUCCAGCCUGAAGAAGCACAUCCGCAUCCACACGGGCGAGAAGCCGUACCCCUGUGGAGUCUGCGGCCGCCGCUUCCGCGAGUCGGGGGCGCUCAAAACCCAUCUGCGCAUCCACACGGGUGAGAAGCCGUACUCUUGCUCCGAGUGCGGGAACUGCUUCCGCCACCUGGACGGUUUGCGCAAGCAUCGCCGCACGCACACGGGCGAGAAGCCGUACGUGUGCGCCAUCUGCGGGAAGCGCCUGAGCCGCCUGCAGCACCUGAAGCACCACCAGCUCAUCCACACCGGGGAGCGGCCGUGCUGCUGUCCCUUCUGCAACCGCACCUUCAAGGAGCCCGCGGCGCUCAGGAAGCACGUCCGCACGCACCGCGAGGAAGGCGGUCACUUGGGAAUGGGCCCCAGUGAAGACACGGACCCGGACGCCCUGGACGACAUGAACAACCUCCACCCCGCGGCUCCCUCUCCUCAGAUGAGGUUUGGGGAGUGGGGGGCUGAGGAGGAGGACGGCUCGGCUGUGGACUGUGUGUAAACCUGGUUACAAACGGAAACUGUUGCCUUCGUGUUAAAAACGGUGAAAAUGUUUUCAUCUUUGUUCUGUGCUUUUAUUUUAAAUAGAAAAGCAUCAAAUGAUCUCUGCACAUUUCAGUGCAUCUAAAGCAGCAGUGCCCGGGUUGUUCUUUUGGCCACUUUUUCAUAAAACAAAU